GACGGGUUUGAUUACUUUGUUCAAACUUUGGUAAACGAUUGGGAUCCAUUAGGUUAUCGUGUUUUUUGGGAAAACACUUUAUUACUGGAGCCAGAUAAAGCAACGUUUGAUUCACAGAAAGGUGGUCCGGCGCAACACCAUCUCUCUGUCGCUAAUCGUAUUCUUACAGGGAGCGACGAAGCAAUUUCAAGAGAAAAUGAAGACACAUUUGAAGGAAAUUUACCAGAAUUUAUAUUUAAUACUACUCAAGAGACAAAUCAAAAUGCUCAGUUUGAUUCUGUACCAUGCAAACGCUCUUCUGAUGAUGAUCUUAAUCAAAAUUCGAUGAGGAAUGUACACGUGGUUUGGAGGAGAAGAUUGGGGAAAUUUGAAAACGGAGGUUUCAGAGAAGAUAAAUUUCAAAUGAAAUUAGCAAGACUAAAAUCUCAUUUUACCGGACUGUAUCUAUGCAUUAAAUCAGAUAAUUUGACCUAUGAUCCCUCCUUAGAAGACGAUGACUAUAACAAUAAUGAUGAUAGACACUGGGAAAAUCUUUCGAGAGAAAAAUUAGAAAAGAUGAGGAAAAUGAUGACAAUGAGAAUUUUAGUCUUGGUCAACGGAGCGAAAUGUUAG